AUGAACGAUCCAUCACAUAAACCUGCUUCAGCAUUAACACUAUGGUUAAACUCAUUACGAUUAUCAAAAUCAGAUUUAAGUAACCUUUCAGAAAUUCAAGAUGGUGAAAUCCUUUGGCAAGUCUUGGCAACAUUGGAUUCGAAUUUCUUUAGGGCUCCUAGACCUUCUUCUAUGAGUGGAACGAUGUCAGAACCAUGGGUUUUAAGGUUCACUUCAUUUAAAAAAAUGUAUAAAUUGAUUCUAAGAUAUUUUGAGGAAGAAUUGAGAAAAAGACCAAAGGAAGAAGGAUUGAAUGCUCCGGAUUUACAGAAGAUUGCAAAACAUGGUGAUUUGGAUGAAAGCGUUUCACUUUCAAUGCUAAUUCUAACUCUUUCAACACUUGUUCAACCUGAUUUGCAUGUACCUAAAAUUCAAUCUUUACCAACUUGGGCACAAACAGCUUUGAUGUUGGGAAUUCAAUCAACAACUGAAUCACUACAAUCACUAGACAAACCAUCUCAUUCAACAGUAGAACAAGAAUUACAAAAUGAUGAAAGGAAUGAAAAAGAUGGAUUACAACUUGCUCAUACACAAUUAAUUAAAGAGUAUCAAUUACUUAGGAAAUCGAAAGAUGAAACUGAUCGUCGAUUGAUUUUAGCAGAAGAAGAAUUAAAGGUGGUUAGAGUCGAAUUAAAUUCAUUACGAGAAAAAGUAGAAGAAGAUGAGAAUAAAAAACGAAGGAAUCGAGCUAAAAGUCAUGAUGAUCAUGAUGAUGAUGAUGAUGAUGAUCAUAUUGAGGAAGAAGAAGAAGAGGAUAAGGAUACAAGAGAUGUGGCAUCUGAUUCCAGAAGACCUGAUUAUUAUCUGUUACGUAAUGAGUUAGAACAUUUGAAAGAUGAAGUAGUCAGCUUAGGAACCAAGUUGGAUUUAUCUGAAAAUGAGAAUGAAAAUUUGAAUAAGAAGAUUGAUGAGCAAAGGAAAAGGAUUGAUGAGUUGAAUGAUGUGGAUGAACAGAAUAGGGGUUUAAGGGAUCAAUUGGAUGAAGUUAAACACGAGAUUGAACGAGCUAGGAAAUUAGAACAUGUGAUUGAAAAGUAUAAGAAGAAGUUGGAUGAAUCAGCUGAUACUAGAAGACAGUUGAAGACCUUAGAAGAACAGAAUACAGAAAUCUUGGAUCGCAAUGCCAAACUAGAAGACGAAUAUCGAAAAGUAUCAGCUUUCAAACCAUUGAUGGAACAAUACAAAACCCAAAUAGCCACUCUAGAAUCAUCAUUAGGAAACCAAAGGCGAGAAAAAGAUCGAUUGAGUUAUGAAUUAGAAACAGUGACGAGUCGAUUACAACAAGUCGAAGAAGAAAGAGAAAGAGAAGGAGAAGAGUUAGCAUUAUUUGAAUCAAGAGUGAAAGAAUUAGAAGAAGAGAUUCCAUUAAGAAGAUCAAGUAAAGCAGAUACAUCUGAAUUGAUAGAUGAUAGUUUUGAUGUAAGAGCAGCAGAAGAAGAAACAGGCAUAAUCGCAGGUAUAGGUGGAGAAUUGAAUGAUGCGAUUGAAGGAAGAACGAUGACUUCAUUAAAAUUAGAAUUGAGAAAACUUAAAAGACAAUUAAGAUUAUUGAAGAAGACUAAUGACGGAUUACAAGAUGAAGAAGAAGUGAAAUCUAGAGUGGUGGUCUUGGAAAACUUACUAGAAGAUUCUAAUCGAAUGAAAAGGAAAUAUGAAGAUGAUUAUUUGAAUGUGUAUAGAGAGAAAUUGGUGAUCUCUAAUCAAUUGGAAGAAAUUCGUAGUGGGAAAUCUAUUAGUGGUGAUGGACCAGAAGCUAGUAUCGCACUGCGGUUUAGACUCAAUGAAACUGUUGAUGAACUUGAACGAUUGAAGGUGGAGCAUACUGAACUAACGGUGGCACAUGAACAAGUCUCCAAUGAGCUCACAACGGCUAAAUCAGAUCUAUUGAAACUGAUGCAAAUGAUUUUGAAAUACACGUCGAGGAAAUCAAUAGUUCACUUGGUUGGAAAGGAUCAAAUUGAAAUUCUAAGUUCUUUAAGAGAAUCAAUCUCAACAGAAAAGAUUGGAUUGAUGAAUGAAGUCGAAAGAUUAAAGAAUGAAAUCAAUUUAUUAAGAGAUUCGUUAAAGAUGAAAACUGAUCAAAUCCAAAGUUUAUUAUUAGAAAAGAUUCAUUUACAAUCUGAUACGAUUGAUCAAAGAGAAAUGAUGUUAAGAAGAGAAAGAGAACUUUCUAAUCAAACUACUGGUGGUGGUGGUGGUGAUUCGAACGAUGAUCAGAUUAGGUUGGGCGUUUUGGAAAGGAUAUGUAGAGAGAAGGAAGAAGAGAUGAAGAUUGUGAAGAGUAAGUUGGAGAAGGCUAGGAUGUUUAUUGUGGAACAACAUCAAAUGAUUCAAUCUCAAGCUGGUGGGAAUGGAAAUGGAGUCAAACCGAUUGAUAUCUCUUCACUGACUAAUUCUUAUGAAGAAAUGGACCAAACUUCAAAAGCUGAAAUCCGAUCACUAAAAGAACAAAUCGAAAGAUUGAAAACUGAAUUAAUGGAAAUCAAUGGUAGAUAUGAAAAAGAAUUAAGAUUGAUGGGAUCUGCUUGGUAUAAUUUAAGUCAACAAACUUUAAGAGAAACGAUUGCAUUAAAUCGAAAAGAAUCUUCUAAUCAAAGGAAUUCAAAUCUUGGAAUCAUGAGUCAAGGGGGUGGAGGGAAUGUGAAUGGGUUUGGAGGGGUUUUGAGACCUCAGAGUUGGGUUAGACAACAGAGAGAUAGGUUAAUGAGUCGAGAUGGACUGUAG